CAAGUAUCAAACAGCUGAACAAAUCAAUGAAAAAAAAAAAAAUACAAUACAAAAACCUCUGCAAAAGCAAUCAAACGUUGUUGUUUACUGGUACUCUUUAUUCUAGUUCCGCUGUUCAAAUUGUCCGAAACUUCUCACCAAAUCAGUUCCUUCUAAUCGAGUCAUUGGCUUGUAAUUCUAGUACCAUCCCGUUUCAAAUUUACCUCACUAAAAAAUUCCCUUUUAUUUUUUCUCUCUGCAAUUCCCUUUCUUCACUCCCUCUAAUCGAUUCUACAAACUGAAUUAUGAGUUGGAGAAGAGUUCUCAAGUCUUUGCAAGCAGUUUUAGCUCAUGGGUUCCUCUUCACUUUCACUCUUCUUCUCGCUCUAAAGCUUGAUCGAACGCUUCAUCAUUCUUGGUGGGUCAUUUUUCUUCCUCUCUGGUUGUUUCAUGUAGUAGUAGCAAGGGGUAGAUUCUCUUUACCUGCUCCUUCGAUGCCACAUGAUCGCCAUUGGGCACCAUUUCAUGCUGUCAUGGCGAUACCAUUGCUUGUUGCUUUUGAGCUACUUCUCUGUAUAUAUCUCGAGAACCAUGAUGCUGUGAAUCUGAAGAUUGUAUUUUUGCCCUUGCUAGCAUUUGAAACAGCAAUUUUGGUUGAUAAUGUUAGGAUGUGCAGGGCUUUAAUGCCAGGGGAGGAGGAAAGCAUGAGCGAUGAAGCAAUAUGGGAAACCCUGCCUCACUUUUGGGUGGCAAUCUCCAUGGUCUUUUUUAUUGCUGCAACAAUCUUCACUCUGUUGAAGCUGUGUGGUGAUGUUGCUGCUCUUGGUUGGUGGGACUUGUUCAUUAACUAUGGUGUUGCAGAGUGUUUUGCCUUUCUUAUUUGCACAAAGUGGCAUAAUCCUGCAAUUCAUAGACGUUCCCAUGUUAGACCAGCCAGCUCAUCUGCAGCAACAGUUACGCAUCUAAGCUGGAAUAGUGGAUUAGUAGUAUCCUCAGAUGAAGAUUAUCAACAGAGUAGGCUGUGCAGCUUGCAGGACAUUGGUGGGCAUGUGAUGAAAGUUCCUCUAAUAGGUUUCCAGAUCCUGCUUUUCAUGCGCUUAGAGGGAACACCAUCCAGUGCUAGACAUAUACCAAUUCCAGUCCUCUUUGCUCCCCUUUUGUUGCUGCAAGGAGCUGGGUUUUUAUUUGCUAUCUAUCGCUUUGUGGAGAAACUUAUUAUGCUCCUGCAUAGUGAUACUGGUGCAGGAAUCUAUUUUAGGAUAUCCACACCUGUUUGUAAUUAUUUGGGGUUUAUGCAUCAUGGAUCAAGGUUGUUGGGUUGGUGGUCAAUUGAUGAAUCAAGUAGCGAAGAGCAAGCACGCCUUUAUUAUGCUGGAACAUCAGGGUACAGCACAUUCUCACCCGAUGCUGUAAAGAAAAUGCCAAAAUCUGAACUGGCCGAGGAGAUAUGGAGGCUACAAGCAGCAUUGAGUGAGCAAACAGAGGUCACUAAGUUUAGCCAGGAGGAGUUUGAAAGACUUCAAAAUGAAAAAAUUCUAUGUAGAGUUUGCUUUGAGGAGCAGAUAGAUACAGUUCUGCUUCCUUGUAGGCAUCACAUUCUUUGCAGCACCUGCAGUGAAAAGUGCAAAAAGUGCCCUGUGUGCCGUGUAUAUAUCGAGGAACGCAUGCCUGUAUAUGAUGUGUAGCUUGUCUCUGUUAGCGGGAAUAAACCAAGGCAUCUUCCUGUAGCUUGGCUUUGUUGUCCUAAGUCUCAGUUCAAUGAUGUGUUAAUUAGAUGGUGGCUGCAUUUUUGGCCAGUCAUGUCGCCACAGGUUUUCCUAUGACUCAUCAAGUGCUAGUAUAUGUGUAUAUAUUGAAGCCUAAUAGGUAUAAUGCACCAUUGAUGUUGUAAAGAAUUCCGUCUAUGCUGCUGGUAUAAUAGAGUAUGUGGCCAACUACUCCUAGAGUUAAAGGGGAAAGGAGUACAUAUUAUGAAGGGAAAAGGGGAAAAAAAAGGAAAAAGCAAAAACCUUUGAGGCUUUUGAGUAUACUUAUCAAGCUCUCAAGGGUGUGAUGGUAUUUGCUGCAGAUGCUUCUAUUUCAUAAGAGGUUGUUACUACUGCUACUGCUAUGCUAUUGCUAUGUAUGGAAAAGUUCUAUCUAUGAUAGUAAUAGGAGGCCAUUUUUAUUUUCA